CUGUUUAACGCCCUGUUGGACGUCUGCAAUGGCUUGUAGGCAGCCCGCAUAGAGUGCUGACUGCGUUUGAGGCUCAUCUGGUUGAGUUUGCGGUGGUUGUGAUGGCGCUGCGUGGCGUGGUUGAGGUGGUGGUGCAUUUCGAGAGCUUCCGAAAUGUGGAUCUCUUCCACCAGGGGAUGUACCACCUCAAGACCAGGAUAUACCAAGACGCCGGCGACCAGGUGACACACACACACACACACGAAUGGAAUGGAAUAUGGACAGCGUGACCGUCUCUCUGCGUGUGUGUGUGUGCAGAUCAUUUCAGCCAUUCCCUAUGCGCAUUCGGGAGAGCAGCACCAGCGGAGUAUGAGCUCUGCGUCUUCUUCCUCGUCAGGUCAGUCGGUCAAGCUUAAGGACCAGCGGGCUGACCAGCACAACGUGCUCGACCCGCACAUCACCGACGACCAGUACACAUUCAGCACCAGGACAUUCAUCAUACGAUACUGCGAAGAAGAGGUCAGCAGCUGACUGACUGGCGCAACGCAAUGCAACGCUACACACACGCCCACACAAAAGAGAUAGAUGAUCAAUCACGUGUGUAUGUGUGUGUGUGUGUGCGUGUUUCCCUUCUUUCCUGCCCUGUUUGUCUGUCUAGGUUGAGCUUGGCGACAUCGGUCAGUUCCGGAUUGAGGUCGACGUGGCGCGCAUUUUGCAGGAGCGGCCCGGCUCCCCCGGCCUGACCCAGACGCUCCUGUCUGCCCCGCUGUAUCUGGAGGUCGACCUCAUGUACGCCGACUUCAAUCAGAACAGCAAGCCGGGCGGCAAUGCCGCCGACAUGCCGCCCAACAGCCAGGCGGCCACCCCUGGUGGGAGCGGUGAGGGUGGUGGGAGGGAUGGCUGUGAUAGGGGCAAGGAUGCGGACAAGACGGAGUUCAAGAGUGUGUCGUACCAGGUCUACCGGCUCAACAAUGUCACCACUGGUACGUCUGUGCGGUGUGUGGAGGCGCGGGGCGGAGAUGAAUCGAUCGCGUCAGCGGUGAUUGUUUGUGUGUUUCGUUGUAUGUAUGUCAGGCGUGCACGAGUAUAUCCCGGUCGUCUUUGACGAGUAUCAUUUCGCCACCGGUGAGGCAGACACCCACACGCCGACAGUCCACCUUGUGUCUGGUGGAUGUUUGGAUGUGCUGGCUCGGUGGGUUCGUUCAGCUGUGUUGCUGGUCCACAGCGUGCUGCUGGACUUCAGAUUCAGAAUCAGGUACACACACACACACAUACACACACAGCCAAUCCCCCGUCACGUCACAUAUAUCCGCCUGUGUGUUGUGCUGCUCUCGCCCAUCCAUCCCGCAAUGCAGGCCGUCUUUGGUGUCCGCGCCCUACCAGACGCGUCACAAGUUGGCUGCCCGGCGUCCCCCCACCCCCUCCCCCCUCCCACCUACCUCCAGCAGCCUGGCGUCAGGGGCGGGCGGCGGCAUGAUGGUCGGGGGGGCUCAGGGGGGAGGGGCAGGGGGAGGGCCGAUCGCAUUCUCGGAAUUCUUAUACGCCAACAGAAGUGAGUGAGUGUGAGCAGGGAGAGGGAGGAGAGGAGUGGAGAGGAGAGGAGAGGAGAGGAGAGGGCAGGAAGGGAUGCGCUGUGUGGGCUGUGUGUGUGUAGUGUCUGUUGAGGACGGCGAUUCGCUCGCGCAAGUGGCGGACAGGAGCCACAGGGUGCGUGAGGCAGGCAGGCAGGCAGGCUGGACAGCCAGACAGUCUGUGCGCAAGGCGUGCAAAGCAGCAAGCCUGUGUUGUGUACUUUGUUUGUUGUGUUGUGUUGUGUUGUGUUGUGUUGAUGCAGGAUUACCUAGGGUUGUUGCUGCAGGCGUACUACAACCUGAGGUCCAAGUUCACCACAUACGUCAACAGAUGCCUCACACAAGCACAGGUAGGUACAACACACACGUCGGUCGGGCGUCUGCCUGCUCCUUCGCCGGCCGCCAUGGGUCCGUUCCUUCCUCAUGUGUGCAGCGGAAUGAGUUUGGUGACUCUCUCGCCAUUCCAUCGCUGGAACUGCCAUGUAAGUCUCUCUCCCUUCCCUCCACCCAUCCAUCGAUUGCGUAUGUGUGUGUGUGUGUCAGGUUCGUCCCCCACAUCGGCCCCCCUGCGUCCCAAGAAGCCCGCCAGCCACCCAGCCACCACCCGCAACAACACUACCAGUGCAUCGUCAGCUGACGACACAUCAGCUGACGACAUCGGCGACGACAGCCCCCCCUCCGCCCCGCCCAACCUGUCGCCCCCGUCUGCCUUUGGCAUGAACAUGCCCGACUGGGAGAGAGACCUGCAGGUGGGUUGGUGGCCGGGGGGAGAGAGGGUAAUGCAAUGGGGUGUGUGGUAUGUACCUGCGUCACUCACGUCUAUAUCUGUGUUUGCUGUUGAACACAGUGUGUGCCGUCUCUGUCUGAGCGGCUGGACGAGGUGACUUCACAGUCGGCCGCGACGCUUAUGGCCCAGGUGAGCCACUCACAGACGGCCAGUCGGAUGAGGAGCAAAAACGUGGGACUGUCCGUCUGUCUGUCUCCCUGUCUUGUUGCUUGCCUCGCUCAGGAUUUCCACGUGUUAGCGACUCAGCUGUUUGAGUUGUGGCACAAGUUCCUCAACCUCGUCCCUUUCGUCACCAAAGGUGCUCACCUGGCACACGCCGACGACACGCGCAGAGUCAUUUUGUUGUGUGUUUUGACUGACUGCACCGUGCAGAGUUGCAGAUGUUGCUUCGUGUGCAGUGGGAGCGUCAGGUGCUGGAGAGGUGGAGCGAGGCAAUAUUCAGGGACCUCAUUCCACUCGAGUAGGCACACACCUCAUCCCACAUUCGAUACAAGAAGCAUGUGUAUGUGUGUGUGUAUGUGUAUGUGUGUGUGUGGGUGGGUGGGUGGGUGGGUGGGUCAGUGACCUGGCGGUGUCGCCGUCAUACGAGACCAACCUGGCCACAUGGGAGAUACACCAGAAAGAAGCGGUCAGUCGAGUCGAGCGGGCGGCACUCACAAAUAAGUAGACAGACAGAUCAGGCCACACACGCCCCGUCUCUCUGCGUGUGUGUGUGUGUAUACCAUCAGGAUCGUGUGCGUUCGUCGCUUCUGCAGCCAUCGGCUGUGUUUGGGGAGGAGGAGAGAAGCCUCGUCGAAGACAUCGCCGGGUAAGUGAAGUAACCCAGCCAGCCUCCUACACGCACACACCAUUUUGAUGGAUGAGGGCGUGUGUGGUUAUCAUGUGCUCAUCAGUUCGACAGCCGAGACGCAGCCGACGAUCUUUGAGCAGCGGUAUGUGACGCUCAAGGACGCCGGCGCCCGGGGGCUCGUCGGCGACUGGCAGAGCAAAGAGGCCCUCACCAUGCUGUCCAACAGACAGGCACCCAUCACCUCCAACAGAGCAAACAGCAAAAAGGUAACAACGAAGAGGGAGGGAGGAACGGAGGGAGGGAGGGAGGGCGCACGAUCUUCCAGUGUGUGUGCGUGUGCAGGUGCCUCCCAUACCUCGAGUGAUUCCCUCUCAGCCCAAGCCCUACAAAGGCACUCACCUGGUCGUCCUGGUGCACGGCUUCCAAGGCAAGUACACCCACCUAUCUCGCAGAUGGACGCACGCCACAGUCUGUCUGUCCAUCUGUGUGUGGCUGCGGGUGUGUGCAGGCAAUUCGUGGGACAUGCGUCUGAUGCGGAACCACCUGGCGCUGCUCUUCCCCGAGUGCGUCUACCUCUGCUCCUCCUGUAAUGAAGACAAAACCGAAGGUACGCUACGCUGCUGUACUGUGUGCAUCUUUUUGUGUAAGCAGCCUCCAUUCCAUUCCUCUCUUGUGUGCUGCGCAUUCAUUCCUGUCUGUGUGUCUGCCUGCGUUGGUUGCGUCAGGUGACAUUGACGAGAUGGGCCAGCGAUUGGCAGAGGUGACAAACACACCAAGGGCACACUGACUGGCACCACACACGAGGAAGGACGUGACUGUCUGUGUGCGUUGCGUGUGGUUAGGAGGUGCGUCACGCCAUCGCGGAUUGGUGCCCCGGCAGCGCACUCGGCAGGUCGGCUGCACACACACACAUACACACAAGGACAUGACAUCUACACCCAAACGGCUACACACACUCUGGCCUCCUGUUUUCUGUCAGGCUGUCGUUCAUCGCACACUCGCUCGGCGGGCUGAUCGGUAGGUACCCCGCCACACACACACACACACACACAGCCAUGCAGAUGACAUGUCUGUCUGUGUUGAUGCAGUUCGUGCGGCGGUGCAGCACUUGCGCGAGUACUGGGGCCACUUCGGGCUGUACCUGACCCUCUCCACGCCGCACCUGGGGUACAUGAACAACGCAAACAAACUCGUCGACGCCGGUCAGUGCAGUGCAGCGCACACAGGGAAGGGAAGGGCAGUGCGAUGCAGGUCAGCCAUGCCACGGGGCGUGUGUGUGUGCUUGUGUUGUGUGCAGGGAUGUGGUUCCUGAAGAAGUGGAAGAAGUCUCAGUGUCUGCAGCAGCUCACCAUGACGGACGCCAAGGAGCCCCGCGACACCUUCAUUUACAAACUCAGCAACUACUCGGUGGGUGGGGCCGCAACGAACCAACACAACCCACCACACACACACGCACAAGGCAUGUUUGUGUGUGGCCGUGACUGCUGCAGGGUCUGGAUCAGUUUCAGCACAUUGUGCUCAUGUCAUCGUGGCAGGUGGGUCUGCCACACACGCACGCGUACUGAUCCUGAUCCCCUCAAUCGAUGUUAUCCGUCAGGAUCAGUACGCGCCCUACGACUCUGCCCGCAUCGAGAUAUCCAAAAACCCUGGAACCGACGUCAAGUCCGUGAGCCUGCAACCUGGCCACGCACACACAGACGAGCGUGUGUGCAAUGGGUGGGCGCUGAUGUGUCCAUGUGUAUAUGUUUGUGUCAGGCUGACGACGUCCUACGCCGAGAUGGCCCGCAACUUCUUCAAGACGGUGGACGUCACGCGCGUGACACGAUUCGACGUCAACUUCCACAUACCCGAAAAGUAAGCACACCCACCGGUGACCCUCACGCGGGCCAGUGUAGUGUGUGUGUGUGUGUGUGUUUCCUUGCUGCUAUUUUAGGAGUUUGGACGCCUACAUCGGUCGUGCGGCGCACAUACAGUUUUUGGAGUGCCAGCCGCUCAUGCGCAUGUUCAUUCACACAUACGCACACCUCUUCAGAUAGAUAGACACACAGAGAGAUGGACACACAGAUGGACAGACAGACAGAGAGGCGGUGGGCACAUUGAUGUUAUGAUCUAUGCGCAGGCUUUUGUACACCCUCCCUGGGGUGUGUAAGAGUGCUUGUGUUGGUUGGCGUGAUUGGAUAACCAUGAUGGUUGUGACAACAAAUAAUUAGCGUGUCUGUCUGUUGUGUGUGUGAAUGAAUGCGGUGUGUAAGUGAAGUGAGAGAGAUGGCCUUUUGUUUCCACUGGAUGCCUGGAGGGAGGAUGACCGACUUCCCAGAUAGACGGAUGGAUGGACGGAUGGAUGGAUGUACAAGAGAGAGGCCGUGUGCUCUCUCUGGGAGUGCUCUAUGUAUGUCUGAGUGAACUGUUGUCGAAUGCCAUUUAGUUGCGA